AUGGGUGGUGCAUCUCGAGAAGGCGGCAAGGUCAAGCCCCUCAAGGCCCCAAAGAAGGAGAAAAAGGAGCUUGACGAUGAGGAUCUUGCAUUCAGAGAAAAACAGAAAGCCGACGCAAAGGCCAAGAAGGAACUCAUGGAGAUGGCCAAGGGCAAGAAAGGCCCUAUGAACACCGGUCAGCAGGGCAUCAAGAAAUCCGGAAAGAAAUAA